GGAGGGAGAAGGAGGAAGGUGAGUGGGGGAAAGGUGUAUUUAGUUUGCUCUCCAUUCCCACUGCUCUAAUCCGUUAUUAUCGACAGGCAGUAAAUUAUGUUAAUCUCCUUUAUGCUGAGUCUGUUUUGCCUGUGAUGAUGAGUGAUCUCCCUGUCCUUAUCUCAACCCUUGAGCCUUUUUUCAUCACAUUUUCCCCUCCUGUUCUUUUGAGGAGGGGGAGUGAGAGAGCAGUGUGGUGGAGUUUGGCUUGCUGUCGGUGUGAAACCACCACAGCCUUUCUUCAGAGAACUUGAAGAAGCCUGAUAUUUACAAGCUAUGGUGUUUGUAUGGGACUUGAAACACAAUGAGAAUUGCCAUAGGGACAGCAUAGCAAGGAGCAAGCAAUCUCGGAGGUUCCUGGAAGUGUAUUGGUUGUUUUUCAGCACAAGUGGUUGAGUCAAGUGGUUUGUCAGGUUAGGUCUUCAGAUGGAUCUGACUGACCUAUUGCCAACAAAGGAAGGACAGGUUGAAGAUGUAAAGGUUGGGGAUGGUCUUGGCUGCAGUGACUGUGAGAUGGAAGAGUUUAGGGGUCCAAAGAAGAGAGUACAAAGCAAAGAGCAGAAUUGUAACUGUGCACUUGAGGAGAUGAGAUUUGGGCCUGUUCAGGGAUGUGCUUGGAAGAAUUAUUUGAGUGGUGGGAUCUGGGAAAGAGAGAGGUCCAGGGGUGCUGGUUUUGACUGUUUUUAAUGUUAUUUUUUAUUUCUAAGGGUCACUUUUUGCUGUAGAGGAGCACAUCCCAGUGAGCAGGAAAUCAAGCAAAGGCAGUAGGGAGUCUAAAUGAGCAAAUUGCUCCUGGCAAACCUCACAUAAAGGAAGUAAUGUAAGAAGUGAAAGCUGAGACAGGUGAUCUAGACAAUGUAGAGGGACUGUCCAAGCAUGCAGGGAUGGUGUAAAAGAGGAAAAGAAAAAUCUGCUUGGAGUUGAAUCUGGUAAGAAAUAUGAAACACAUCAGGAAGGACUUUUGCAGAUAGAUGCGUUUGCAGCAAAAAGAGGGCUAGAGAGGGUGUGGACCUGCUAUGGAAUGGAGCAGGAAGCCUGGAGGUGAGAGGUGUGGAAAAGGCUUCCUCAUCUUGGUCUUUACUGGUAAGACUUGGCUUUCAUGGAUCCCUUCUUGUAACUACUGGUAGGAUCUGUGUGUUGUGAGUAAAAAUGAUGCCCUCUGGUGGACUAGGGGCAAAAUAGAAACUACUUCAGACUUCCCUGGUUUGGUCUCUUACCUGGUUAAUGUCUGCUGAGAAUGUGAGCGAUAUUACUCUUCUGCAUUCACCUUUGGAGCCUCUAGCAUAGGAAUGGCAUGGACCUAUUAAAAUGAGUCCAGCAGAGGACCAUGAAGGUCAUCAGAGGGCAGGAACACCUCCCCUGUGAAGACAGGCUGAGGGAGCUGGCCUUGAUCAGCCUGGAGAGAGAAGGCUCUGGGGAGACCUCAUUGCAGCCUUACAGUUCCUAGAAGAGGCCUACAGAAAAGAUGGGGAAAGGCUCUUUGUCAGGGAGUGUAGUGAUAAAAGAAGCGGUAAUGUCUUUAAACUAAAAGAGGAGAUUUAGAUUAGACAUUAGAAAAAAAGUCUUUAUGUAAGUGGUGGAGAGGGACUGGAACAGGUUGUCUAAAGAAGCUGUGGAUGCCUCAUCCCCUGGAAGCCAUUCAAGGCCAGGUUGGAUGGGGCCCUGAGCAGCUGUUCUAGUGGGUAAUAACUGUCCUCCUGGCAGGGGGUUGGAAUUGGGUGGUCUCUGGGUCUCUCCCAACCAUUCUGGGAUUUUGUAGUUUUUUUUUUCUUGAAUGACUUUACUUGCCAUAAAGCAGUUUUAUCUUGUGAGGACUCAGUCAACUUAGAUUUGAAUGGGUGUCUAAUUUCAUACUUGUCUUUGUUUACAGUGGUCUGAUCACGUGGUAUAGAACUAACCCUUGCUUAUGCUCUGCUCUUGCUCUGCUUGCUGUUGCUUUCCACUUGGUGUUAUUCAUAUGUAUGAGUAUGUACUGUCAAGUAGUCCUGCUUGCUGACGCUAUAUUUGAGUGGUCAAGAGAACCUGGGUUCCAAUUUUGUUUCCACCUUAGACAAAGCACAUAAGAGUUAAUCUGUGAUCAUCCCAUCAGAGGAGCUGGUUGCUUUCCUGCUGUGGGGUCACUGUGAAGAGGAGGAGGAGGAACUUAGAGGUUUGGAGAGCAUCCUAGUGCUCCAAGUCUGUAGUAGCUGUGGGUAUGGCGAGCACUAAUUCUGUUGCUCACAGAUACGGUGACAUGUUUUAUGGGGGAUGUGAAAAAUUGCCCAGGUCAGCAUGCUGACUGUCUCAGUUAACCCAGGCUUUCAGUUGCCCUUUAUCUCUUGAGGAAAGGUAUUUGCUUCCUGCACACUGCUUCUGGCAUGUGGCGGGUAGCUCAGCCCUUGUCAGAGCAGAACCUGGACAGGAGGUUGAUGCUGAGGGGCAGUGUUGCCAAGCAACUAACUGCAGCUGGGAUUUGGUAAAAACAGUUCUGUUUCUCAGAGCUCCGCCUGUCUCUGAUUUUUUUGUGGAAGAAAAUGGAUAUGCUGAUGAGGACUGAGGAGCUGUACCUCCUUGCUGGGAAAGCUGUACCCCACCUUGGCUGGGAAAAUGAGUUUGGUUUUUUAAUUGAUCUGUGUUUGGUUAUUGAUUGCCAUACCCUUCUUGUAUACUAGCUCUUUUUUUAAGCAGGAGAGAACAGGAAUUUCGUAUGCAAUUUUAGUGAAGCACUUAAACAGUUAAAGCUUUAUGGCAUAGGACUUCUGUAGUAGGAUGAAAGGCUGUAGUCCUAUAGGAAUUUCUGCAAAAGGAAGUGGAAAUGAUUCGCUGUGUGUAUCCUGUUCUUCUUGAGUGCACUGGGACUUGCAGGUAGAUUCAAAGUGAGGUAGUGAGUGGUCACUGGGACUCAGUAAUAAUGUUGAGUAAGCUCUUUAGAAAAAAAAAAAAAGGAGUUUUUCUCUUAUGUCACAUGAAUCUGGUUACAACAAGGAACACUGCUUAAAAGGAAAUUUCCUUCCACUCACGUUUAGCUGAUAGCAUGGAGCAUUUGUGUGUUGAUGUUCCAGCAGGACAGACAAUCAUUUUGCCAAAUGCAUUUGAAUUGUAUUUUAUCUAAUGUCAUCUCAGAGAAGAAACUCCAUAGUUUCAUGAAAUGAGAAGAUACCUUUAGAGGAAAUGCAAGCUCACUUCAGCUUUAUCUGGGGUGAUAUGUUCUGAGUAGAUAUAAACAAGUUUUCUCUUUUUUGGUUCUGUUAACCAUGAGGUGGUCAAAUACCAGGUUGUUCAAAGGUUAUGGGAGCAUACCUUAGAGGUGUUUAAGACAACUGAACAAAGUCCUGAGUAGCCUGAUCUAAUUAGAUCUGCUUGGAGCAUCAGGCUGGUCUGAAGGACCUCAUGAGUUUUAUUCCUAGUUCUCACCUAAAUUACUUUGAUUUUCAUUCACUGGCUGAGCAAAUACAGCAGCUGUAUCUCUUAAAAAGCAAGUGUUAAGCAUCUCAUAGAGCAGUAUUUGUACUUCGUGUUUUGUGGGUUAGCUCUCAGAAAAGCUUGGUUCUGUCUUCAACCUUUUCCUUCCCUUGUUCUUUCCUUAAGUUCUUACCUUGAAGUCCACAGCAAGUGCUGCUCUGAAGGUUAGUAGUAUUGUUACAGGGGAAUUUGGGGAUUAUCCAAGAAUGAGAUUGUGUUUAUGUAGUAAGAAAUUCCUGUGCCUGAACUACAGUGUGUUGCUGUAGGGGAAUAACUCCGCAGAAAAUAAGAGUGAGUGGUGCAGCAUUACUAUCUGCAUACUCUAGUGUGUUUAGCCUGCAGAGGAGGUGAGCAAAAAAGGUAUGUACGUGAGGGAGGAAGGUUGGUGAGUAUACUGUUGUGGUGAACAGGGAUGUUUAUGGGUAAUGCCAUUAGCACUCAGCUACUUGCUCAUUGUCCCUUGGUGGGACAGGGGAGAGAACCAGAAGGGUAGAAGUGAGAAAACUCAUGGGCAAAGGUGGUUUAACAAGUAAAGCAAAAGCUUCAUAUGCAAACAAGGCAAAAUCACUGAAAAAUUAUGGGGAAGGUUGUCCUGGGGGAUAUUGAAAGGACAACUUAAGAACAAAGCUGUUACCUAGCGUAGUCAACGUGUGUUCAUCAAGGGGAAGUCUUGCCUUAGUUAUUGACAUCCUAUGGUAGUCACCUGCUUGGUAGAUGAAAGCAGGUAGUGGAUGUAAUCUUUCUGGAUUUCAGACCCUCAUAGUAUCCUUCUGGUCAGAUUGUCCAACUGUGAGUUGAACAAAUUCAUGCUGUGCUGGCUGAUGAACUGGCUGAAUCUCAGAGCUCAAAGGAAUGUAGUAACUGGGUCUGCCUUCUGGACAGUGGUGUUCCCUGGGGCUCAGUACAAUAGGCAGUUCUGUCCAGCAGUUUCAUCAGCGAUGAAAAAAUGGAGUGGAAUGCAUCUUCAGCAAGUUUGCUGAUCAUACUAAACUAGAAGAUGCUCUUAACUCCCUUGAAUAACAAGAGAACUUGCAGAGGGAUCUAGAUACCUUGGAGUGUUGGACAGUUAACAACAGCAUGAAGUUCAACAAAGGCAAAUGCUGGGAUCUGAACCUGAGAUGGAGUAAUGAUGGAUGCAGGUACAGACUGGGAGAUGAGUGGCUGGAAAAGCAGCUUGGCAGGGGGAGAUCUGAAGGGUGCUGGUGACAGCAGGCUCCACAUGUGCCAGCAUUGUGCUCUGGCAGCCAAGAGGGCAAACCACAUUUUGGAGUGCAUUAAACCAGCUGGUCAAAGGGGUGAUUCUCCCACUUAUAUGUUGGUAUGACCUCAUCUUUAAUAUUCAAUUCAGUUCUGGUCUCCACAACAUAAAAAGGAUGUUAUGGUCCUUGAAAGCAUCUAGAGAGGGCACCAAAGCUGGUAGAAGGGCUGGAAUGUUCCUCCUGUGAGGAGAGGCUGAGAGCAUUUAGGCUGUAUCCAGUCUGGAGAGAAGAGGCUGAGAGGUGACCUUGCUGCUCUCUGCAGCUCCCUGAGGAGGGGAAACAGAGGGAUGUGCUGCACUCUGCUCUCUAGGAACAGAUUGCCCCAUGCUCAACAGUGUUCAAGAGGCGUUUGAAUAAUGCCCUCAAUAAUAUGCUUAAACUUCUGAAUAGCCGUGAAAUGGUCAGGCAGUUGGACUUGGAUGAUCUUCGAAAGUCCCUUCCAACUGAACUGUUCUAUCAUAAAAUAAGGUAUUUAUUUGCUACUUCCUGUUGGCUGGCAGAUGUUCAGCCAUUUCUAGGAAAGCGGGACUUCGAGUGUAAUGGUUACUUGUAAGAAAAAUGCCAUGGCCACAAAUAUCCCCCAGCUUCCUCCUCCUUUCCCCAGCUUUUGUAGCUGAGCUGAUUUCAUAUGGCAUAGGAUAUCUUUUUGGUCCACUUGGGCGAGCUGUUCCAUAUCUGUCCCCACACAAACUCUUUUAAUCUUGCAGCCUCUGUAGUGACAGGACAGCACGAGAAAUAGAAAAGACCUCUGAUACAGCUCAAACAUCAGUGUGUUAUCAACACUGUUUUGGUCUCAAAUCCAAAACAGCAGCACAAGGUCUGCAUUGAAGAAAAUUAACUCCAUCCUGGCCAAAACUAGUACACUGGGGAAAAUUGGUACAAGAGAGUGGCCAGUCUGAAGGCUUGAGUUUGGCACUCUGCUUUAUACCUACAAACUUGGGUCUCAUACUUGAAAACAGAGCAGAGAGAAAAUAGAGGUUCACAUGAAGAGAUUAUGGUGGUGCAUUUACUGGUUUUGUCGUGCAGGAUAUAGGAGGGAGAGCAUCUCCAGUACCUGAGGUCUGUGCAGAGGUUGUGUCGUUGGGAGGUGCUUUCUAAACAGUCUCCUUUUCAGUUAUAUUUGAGUAAAAAUGGUAGAGAGGAGCUAAUUAAUACAACUAUUGGAUAGAUAAUCUGGUAGAUAAACCUUAUCUUUCACUCUUGUUUGUUUAUAACAGACUAUAUUACAAACGUGCUGCAAGCAAGUCUUAUUUCUGAGGAUUUUGUCAUGGUUAAAGGAAGAACUUCAGUUGCUGGCUGAGGACUUUGCAGCAGGAGCUUGUGGGACCUUUGUGUUGUGCCUGGCUGCAGGAGGCACUCGCUGUGUCCCAGCACAGAAGCACAGAUCUACAUCUACAUCUACUUGUUCUUAUCAGUGGUACUUUCAAUGUUUAGCUACUAACUUAUGAAAACAUUUUUGUAAGGUCAUAGUUCCCUACGGUUUCCUUCUAUUUCUGCAUAUGAAAGGAAUAUAAAUAGUUCACUUAAAAACAGUAAGCCUUUCAGUAGUUCCUUGCUGACAAGGGAAAAACUGUAGUCAAGACCGGUUCCAGAAGCCUCUUAUGGAAAUGUGAAAUGCAACAUAACCUUGUCUUUAUAGAAAAUUCCAGAUGCUGCUAAGAGGAAAUGAGUGCUUGCACACUUUUCUUGCAGCUUGAGCUCUGACUUGAGCAGUGCUUUCUCUUUGAGCCAACAGGCUGAAUGAAAUCAGAGCACUGCUCCUUCACCAAAUCCAGGUUUGAUUCCUAACACUGCUGGCUUGUUGAAUGUGUCCAGGUUGGCACCUGUGACAUUUCUGGUGCAAAAGAGCAAUGACUUUACUUUCCAAAGGGUACUCUGUGGUCUGCUACCAUUCUGUAAGACUGAGAGCAAUGCUGUGGCAACAUCCCAUUUACUCUGCUUAUGCUCUCCAUAUGCACUGGGUGAGGAGCUCGAGCCUGGCAGGCAUGGUAGCUCUGUGCUUCUGAUGGCUGGUUAUGGCCCUGCUUACCUGGAGAUGGUCAGAGUGACUGGGGAAAUCUGUGAUGGGACAUACUGAGUUUGGGAAGUGAUGCUUUAAGGGAAGUUUUAUGACAGUUCACUGAGGUAAAAAUGACAUUUAUGUUAUUUUUAAGAAGUGUAUUAAAAACAUUCCUAAUGAAAAUAUUGUCAUCUUAUAGAUAGGAUGAAUAGGAGACCUUCUGAUAUUUUGGGGAACAAAUUCUCCAAAAGCCCAUCUUGAUCUCACUCCUUUACUUGAAUCAGUGGUGUAUGUGUAUUAGUUAACACUGAGCUUGGAAAUACUGCAUUUUUAUUGUUUGAUAACUUAGAUUCCACAUCAUGUGAUCACCUCAUGUUUGGUAAAAUUAUUAAUUUAUUUUUAAUUUUGGAAAAGCAAACAUCUUCUCACAGUCUUAUUCAGUCAAACUCAUAUUUCUAAUAUGGGACUGUUAGUGAGGCUGAAAUAUUUUGGUUCCAUCUGUUGUGUUCUUGUUGUAUUACUUGAAUACAUCCCAGAGUUAAAGUGGUUAUAAUUUGGACUUGAGUUUUUGUUGUUGUUGAAGCUGUGUGUGGUUAUCGAGUACAUCAACUGUGUACACUUAAUUUUGUGGCUUAAACAGAACUGAAAGAACUUCCAUUCUAGUUAAGGUUUCAUACGGUUGUAGAAAUAGGGUAGUGUCCUUAUUAGAAACACAUCAAACAAUUAUUGCUGCUAUUGAAGUAUGUGUUAGUGAGCUGAAAGGCUAAAUGGAACAGACUGAUUGGGGUUUCACUGAGUUCCGGGGGAAGGACAGGCUGUGCAGGCAGACAGUACUUCUGUGUGGCUUUUGCAGUUAGGAGUGGGGCUGGGCCGGAUGGCUUUUGGAUGGCUUUCGUGAGGGUUGGCAGUUUAGAUAGAAGAGACAAACUUGUGGGAAUUCUGUCCCUGAAACUCUACAGCACUUAGAGAUUUUGGCUAAAAAUAGCCGUGCUGUGCAUCCAAGCCUUGUUUUUCCAGUGUUCUUGCAAUAAAUCCUGAGCUGUACAAUUCCCAGCCAUUACCAAGCUGAGCUCUUUAGCGGUGUGUAAUUGCUUUUAUUGCUGACCUUCAGCACGACUUCAUGUUGCUGAGUUCAGUUUUAUUUAAAACUACCGAAAGUUGUUCCUCUUGUUUGAAGUCUUCCCAGGCUUUUCUUGAUGUAGCAAAUUUGAAGUUUCUUCUUAAAUUCUGGCCUUGCCUGUGUGACAAAACCACUGAGCUGAAAAUGUUGUUUUGGGAGGACUUCCACUUCAGAGAAGAGUAAGAGAUUUCUACUAACUGCUUUAAAUGACGUGAUCUUUAAGGUCCCUUCCAACCCAAAGCAUUCUGUGGUUCUGCACACUUGUUCAAGCUAUUUGUUGCCUUUUUUUAUAUAAAAGUGUAUUUUGUUGCGUAUGUAGAUGUUCACAUCUGAAAGGCACGUGAAGGCGGUACUUGGAUAAAGCAUGGAUGUAAAGAUUGAAUGCCUCCUCCACUAUACAGGAAAAAAAAAUGAGCUUGAUGUGGGGAAGCAUUGUGACAUAAAAAUGUGCUUCAGGUGAAAAUCAGAAACUAAAUGAAUGGAGCAAAUGGCAGGUAAAUGGUCGCAUGUUUCUGUAGUUUCAGUAGUUUCUAUAGUUUCUUCAGUAGUUUCUGAAGACCAAAGACUCAACGUCUUUGAAGAACAUUUCAUUUGAGGGUGAAGAUUCUUGUAGUGCAGUUCUUGCGCAGUUUCUUUGCUGAAAGAUGUUUAAAAAUCUUGAAGAUCUCACAUAUUCUUUCUAAGAAGGUCUGGUUUUUAAUUCAUUAAAUAUGACAUUUUCCUUCCUGGCUUCUUCCUCCUGUUUUGAAGACUUAACUGAUUCAGUAGACCUUAUUAAAAUUGCAGUUAAGGUUUUUGUUUGUUUAUUUGCUUUUUGUUCUGGGGUGUUUUUUUCUUGUUGUUUGUUUUUUGAGCACAUGUAAUAAUCUGAGGUAUAAGCAGUAGGAGAUGGUGAGUAGGAUUCUACUUCUUUCAGGAGAACUGAGCAGCUUCCAGUGAAGCUGGUGAGAGACCUUUGAAACAGCGGGAUUGUACUGAAAAUACAUGACUGUAAAGCUUUUGAGCAUCUUAGUCUCCGUUUGACCGAAUCUCUGUCUCUAGUGUUGUUUUGAUAGGAGGUAUUCAGAGGAGUCGCUUUGGUUCUGCGUUGUGCUUUUGUUCUUCGCUGUGUGCCCAUUGGAGGUGGAACUCCGUGAAAUCAUAGGCUGUCCCACGUUGGAAGGGACCAUCAAGGAUCAAUCCUGGCUGUACAUAUGACCACCCCAAAAUCAAGCUGUGUUUCUGAGAGUACUGUCCAAAUGCUUGUUGAACUCUGCUAAACACAGCUGCCUAUUGGUUUUCCUUUCCUUCUCUGUAUCUGAUGUAUAAGAAUGCAUGCCUUCUGUUCACAAUCUUUGUCUGGAACUCAGCUUGGAUAAACCUUUCUGGAAAACAUUUAUUGAUAACUUCAUUAGAGUCACUAGUAGGAAGGUGCUUGUGCUGUCUGAAUGGCGCUGAGAAGUAAUGCAGAGAGAGCACCGUAUGUCCAUAUGCUGAUGCAGUCUCUGAGAUUUUGGUAUAUCUUUGGCAAAAAGGUGACUUUUGUAGGAACUGGCUGGCGACCAUGAAGAGACCUGUAAAUCUUCUUGCAGUUAAUUCGCUUUUCCACAAGAUGGAGCCAGUUAUUCGACAAAUAAAGUGGCAGCCGGUGUUCUUCCUGGUUGGCAAACGAGAAGGGAAUUAAAGUUACUUCUCUGGGUUUCCUGGUCAGAGCAGAGCGAAAGGAUAAAUCAGAGGAUUGUGUCUGGCAGAAGAUGUAGGUGAUGUUGGCCCCAGAUAAGUUUGCUACAGAUUAUUUUGAGAAUGCAAAGCAUUUAGCACACUGUUAUGUGCAGUGUUUGGCUUCCUUCCUUGUAGAAUUGCUACUUGGUAUCUGCAAGGAUGUAGAGCAAAAGCAGAUUGAAGUGUAAUACAAAAACUGUUUGGAUGUGGUGCUCAGGGACAUGAUUCAGUGGAGGGUUGUUAGAGUUAGGGCACUAUGGUUAUGUCGUGGUUGGACUCGAUGAUCUUUAAGGUAUUUUUCCAACCUGAGCGAUUCUAUGAUUCUGUGAUUCUAAAUCUUAUUUAAAGUGAAAGCCUCGACAAGCUUUUGUCAUUGAGAUCAAGUUUUAAAUAAGGAAAACUUAUUAGUUUCCUUGCUACCUACUUAUAUGCACACAGUCCGAAGGAUUUAGAGUAUCUUGUUGAGAUGUAACACAGCCACCUUCCCUUUGACAGUGAAUAUAAAAAUGUAAGGCCAUGUCCUUGUGUGUUUUACUGCAGUUUUUGCCCCUUUGCUCUUUGUAAGUUGAGGUGUAAGUUGAGGUAAGUGUGGGCAGCACCUCUGCUGCAGCCAAAUGAAUGUUUCCGUGUUAACCUGCUGCUCCAGUAGGCUGAGCAGGUGGUGGUGGAGUGGUGAAGGGGAGGAAGCUUAAACCUUGGGCUUCUUGGAACAAAUAUACUUUGGCUUGUGUUCUCUUCUAUGAUGCACUAAACCAGGCUCAGCAUUGUCAUUGCUGGUUAUUGUUGCCUGAAGAGCUAAAUUAGCUGUACACACAAAAACUUGUACAUAUAAGUUGCAGUUACAUUAGUUACAUUAACAGGGAACAUCGACAGUGCUGGCAAUUUUUAUUGCUGUCUCCUUGAUCUACUUUCUAAUAUGAAGGAGAAGAGCAUUUUGCCCAAAAUCAGCUGUGGGAAUAGGGAGGAAAGUGAUGUAAGGGGCACAUUGAAGACAUGCAAGGAACUAGUCCAGUUUAAAUAAUACGGAGGAGAAAUAUAUCAUCAAAAGUGAUACCCCCAAAAGGGAAGAGUGCAAAAGAUUCUGAAAUCUGUUUAGAGAGGAGUGUGUAGUUCAGCAGAAUAUCUAAAAAUGAUGCAUACUGUUCACAAAAUUCCCACUCUAAAAUGCAUUUUUUAAUACAGGAGUGUUGUGUGAAGAUGGAUAACUUUUUCAGCAGUUUAAAAAUUGGAUUGAAACCAGCUUAUGGGAAGACUGGUGUUUAAAAUUUGUCAUGGGCUUUCAAGGUCUUCGUGCUUAGGCUUAGAAAAGCUGAAGUCUGAUUUUGAGAUGUUCUCAUCUAUUCAGUAGCUGGAGAUAUUUUUGCACAUAGAGAAUGUUCUGCACAGUAACGGUAGUGACAGGCAAGUUUACUGUAAGUGGAAAAAAACCUCUCUUCAGCGUGUUUCUUAAAUUUACAAGUUAUCUGGCAACUCAGAAUGCUGAAGAUAUGCCAGAAAAUGCUGAGUCUUGUGGCUGUGUCUUUCAUUCUGAAGUCUGGUCCCUUAAAUACUCAAAUGUGUCACAGUUGGGACUGUUCCGGAACACAAGGCGGUGCAACCAUGGGUUCCUCCUCUUCACCCUGGGAUUUUACUGCUGAGCACGGUGUGGUACGGUGUAUAACGUGACACUGACACAGCUGCAGGGCUGCUGGGAAGAGAGCAACCAUCCCAGCCAGACCCAGUACAGUGGGAAACACCACUUGUGUUCCUCCAUUUAGCAGAACACUCAAGAAUCUUGAUUAAUUUACAUGAGCGUACAAACAUCUCAAAUAGAAGGCUUUUUUGGGCCACGAUGGGCUUCUUGGAACACUGGUGUUUUUAUUUGCAUCAGAUGUGCUGGAAUACAUCGAAAUCUUGGGGUCCAUAUAUCAAGGGUCAAAUCUGUCAACUUGGACCAGUGGACACCAGAGCAAAUACAGUGCAUGCAAGAAAUGGGAAAUACUAAAGCAAGACUACUCUAUGAAGCAAAUCUACCAGAGAACUUUCGAAGACCUCAAACAGAUCAAGCUGUGGAAUUUUUCAUCAGGGAUAAGUAUGAAAAGAAGAAGUAUUAUGAUAAAAAUGCAGCUAAUGCCUUCAAUAUAACCUCUUCUGAUACUGCUCAACCUUUGGCAUCCUCUCCUUCUCUCCAGGCUGCUGCUGAGAAGAGCAAAGCGGAGAAGGAAAAAGAAAAAAAGAAAGAAGAGAAAAAGAGAGAGAGAGAAGCAGAAAAACCAUCAAAACAAGUAGCAGUUGAAAAGCCGCAGAAGAAAGAGGAUCAGCAAUUAGAAGCCAAAGGAAGUCCAAAAAAGUCAUCAGAACCCACUGUUGACCUCUUAGGGCUUGAUGGUCCAGCUGAAACAUCAGUUGCAAAUGGAGGCACUGCUGCCGCGGCCACAGCAUUGAAUGAUGACUUGGAUAUCUUUGGCCCAAUGAUCUCUAAUCCUUUACCAGCAGCUGCUGUACCUCCCGCUCAGAGCGCUUCUGCCAAACCAGCAGCUGCCACCUUGUCUGCAGCAGCAGGAGACCUCGAUCUGUUCACUGAGCAGACAACAAAAUCAGAAGAGUCGGCAAAGAAACAGCUCUCCAAGGACUCCAUUUUGUCACUGUAUGGCACAGGAACCAUGCAACAGCAGAGUGCACCAGGUAUGUUCUUGGGCUCCUCCUCGAUGCCAUUUACCACACAGCCAUCGACUCAUUUUCAAGGUUUCCCAGCCAUGGGAGUUCCUGUGCCUGCAGCCACCGGGAUGAUGGGAAGCUUGAUGGGACAAUCGGUGCCGGUCAUGGGGCAGAGCACAGGGGUGAUGGUAGGAAUGGGAAUGCCCAAUGGAUUUACUGGUACGACACAAACUGGUGUGAUGGGACUUCCUCAGAAUGUCGUUGGACCUCAAGGUGGAAUGGUGGGACAAAUGGUUACUCCACAGAAUAAGUACGGAUUGCAACAAAAUCAGCAAGCUCAAUGGAACCUCAGCCAGAUGAAUCAGCAGAUGGCUGGAAUGAACCUCAGCAGCUCCAGCAACGUGAUGGGCUUUGGGCAGCCCCCCAGCACAGUGGCGGGAUGGACUGGAAGCUCCUCGGGUCAGACUCUCAGCACACAACUGUGGAAAUGAACGUUGCAAUAGAAGUUUCACCCAGAAGAGCCACCUAACAUUCCUUGUCCAAAUGCAUUUACUUCCGCUGUUCUCUCCAUGUACAUACUUUUUCUUUUUCCCAGGCUGUUCAGAUUAAGAAUAUAACUGACUGACCGUGUUGUGGUCUGUAUUGAUUUAAAUUUGAUGUAGUGAAAAGCAGAUCAAGAACACAUUUAUAUAUCACUGGCAGCGUUUUCAUACAGUGCAUAUGAUUUCAUAGACCAUGUAUUUAAGCAGCUGCUUAACCACAUAUUGUUUUUUUUCCCUCAAAAUUCUAGAUCAAAUGGUUUGCAUUUAAGGGACGUAGCUAUCAUGUUAGUAAUGCCCGAAAAUAUAAACCCCGAUCCCCCCCAAAAUUACCCAGUAAUCCUGUAGAAGGUACUGUAUGAACAAAUAUUUAAUCAUAUAUAAAUAGAAUGUAAAUGUAUCACUGAGCAAUGUUUUCUAGUGUAUCAAACAAAUUUUGUUUCAUCAUACAUUUCACUGUGAUGUUAUUAUGGUGUGCAUAACAGGGAAUAUGAUCGUUGAAAGGAAGAUAAACCUGGAUGUUACUCUAGUCCUACAAAUUAAGAGUCUAUUCUUUUAAAAAUGAGCAUUUGAUCCAUUUGAGUUUCCUGAGCUGAAGCACCCGAGCGGGCUCACGAGGCAUGUAGGCAGUAUUAAUGCUGAGAACUGGUAUGCAUACAAGGUAACUCGGUGUGAACAGAUCUGUCUUCCCUUGCGGAAAUAUCCAGGUUUAUGACAGUGAUUGUGUUUACAUUUUAUGGUGCCUCAUAAUGAUAAAAUGUUAUUUCCCUAUAUUAAAAGGAUGAAUCCGUAAA